AGACGUGUGGCUAUACUUGGUGGAGGUGUGUCAGGACUGUCCACACAUCAUUAUCUCACAAAGAAUGUAUCAAGAUUGAACAAAACGAGGACAUCAUCUCCAGAUGAUCAACAGCAACUUCAUAUUGAUGUAUUUGAAUCACAAUCACAACUUGGAGGCUGGAUGCAGACCAAGCACAUCAAUGACUCAACUGUGGUGGAGAUUGGUCCAAGAAGUAUUCGUGUGGCUGGUCAUGGAAGAAGUACACUUGAUCUCGUGUCUGAGCUGCGACUGGACAAUCAGGUCAUAUUCGCAUCAAAGAAGGCAAAGACCAGACACAUGAUGAUUGAUGGAAUUGUCGUCCAACUGCCCUCCUCAUUCCUAGGCGCAUUGGCAUUUGCUUACAAACAUUCAUUGUUCCAACCAGUCCUUUCUGAGCCAUCCAAGCCGAAGGGUCAGGGUCAAGAAGGGGACGAUGAGUCCAUUCAAUCAUUCUUCACCAGACGAUUGGGAGCCACGAUUGCCAAUCGAUUCAUCGAACCUGUUUGUCUUGGAAUCUAUGGAGGCGAUGUCAGUCGCAUGUCUAUACGCUCAUGCUUCCCAACAAUGUAUGAGUAUGAGCAUGAGUAUGGAUCACUGAUCAGGGGUGCGCUAUUCCACAAGAAGGCCACGCAAACAGAGGACUUGGCACUAUCAUUGGAUCACGAUUCAAUUCGUCGUGUAAAGUCAAUACUCAAUAAGGAUACCGAUGAAAGUGGUAUAUUCUCAUUCAAGAAUGGACUGUCCACACUCACAGAUGCACUGGGCAAGGCUGUGCCACAACAACAUCUUCACCUCGGCAAGAGCAUCAUGUCAGUGCACGCAAAUGGCAACAAGGGUUCAUUCACAGUGGUGGACAAUACUGGUGCCAGUCAUGAGUGCGACUCAGUCAUCUCCACACUGCCACUUGGACAACUGACAACAAUCGUGGGGGAGAUGGACAGCACACUGGCCAGAUUAUGCGCGCAACAAGAAUACUCUAGUAUCGCCGUGAUCAAUCUGGUGUAUGACUCACCGAUUGUCCGUUCAAAGGUGGCCGGAUUAGGUUUUGGCUAUCUUGUGGCGUCGUGUGAGUCCCAGCCGGUACUUGGCGUGGCCAUCGAUUCCAACACAUUCCCAACAUUCGUCAACGAUCAAUCAAAAUGUAUCAUAACAGUGAUGAUAGGUGGUAACAAAGAUGUUGACAAAAUCAAUGAUCACGAUCACAAUGGUCAAUCAAAGUUGGUUAAUAUUGCAAUUGAUCAUAUCAACAAAUAUAUAUUAUCAACAUCAUCAACAUCAAGUACAUCAACAACAAUAAGUCCAGUUGAAAGUAUGGUUAGAGUAUGUCAUGAUGCCAUACCUCAUUAUAUAAUUGGACAUCAACAAUUGAUCAAAGAUAUUACAACACAUUUGGAAAAGAAAUAUAAUGGAACAUUCAUUAUCGGUGGCAAUAGCAUGUAUGGUGUUGGUCUGAAUGAUGCCAUAUUCAAUUCCAAACGUAUUGCCAAUCGUCUUGUAAAUACAAUAUAUAAU